AUGAAGCUAUCCCAAAGCUUGUGGUUGUCAGCCUUCGUUGGCGCAGCUUCUGCUUUGUCUGAUGCAAGUGUCUACAUUUUCCAGGGUGACGAAUGGCCAAACACCUCGACGCCUCCAUCUCUCACACCAGAGCAGGCCAGAUUAGUCUUUGCACAACGUCUAGGCGCAUCACGAUACCACCGACUAGCAGAUGCUACUGAGAGUACACUGGCAUAUAUCAAUAAAUUUGGUGGACAUGGGGGGUCACUGUUCCAUGAUGCUGGGAAAGAUAAGGCAGCAGAAUUGGUACUGAUUGUUGAGGGCGUAUCAUCCAUCACUGCAGAGCCACUUCUAGAAGCAUGGACUUCUAUCACACCUGCGUUUACCAUCUCUACGCCUCCGUCUCUGCGUGCGAACAAAGAUCUUGUGGAUGAUCUGCACGCACAAAGUAGACCAGAGGGCAAGACUUGUCCUUUCGAAGAUGCAAUCAAUCCAUUCAACGCAGAUUGCUGGAACGGUGUCUCGAAGAUACUCCAUUUUGAUCUGGGCAAUGUCAAGAACGAGUUGAAAAUCAACGAAUUGAUGUCGGCACAAGAACGUUUGACUCGUUUUGCCAAGAAGGAAGAGAUGAACGUUGUUAUUGUUCUUAUGCCCGAAACAUCUCGAUCAUUGAAGAGCAAAGUGAAUCCUUAUGGAACAUACGACAAAGUUUCCCAAGCUCCAAUUGCCAGAAGGGACAAAUCAUCGGAAGAACCCAUGAGCGAAGGCCCCUCAAUUAUUACGACGCCGUUACAUUAUUCUAAGCAGGUCCAGACAUCAAAUGCAUCUGGCAACGCUUCCUUCAAACCCAUCACCGGUAUUCCUCCACUUUGCCACUCUUCGCUCGACUCCUGCAUCUCUGCUACAAACAACUGCUCGGGUCACGGCGAAUGCUACAGAAAGUAUGGUGGCAGUGGCGAAGGAAAGGGCGGAUGCUUUACCUGUUUCUGCAAACCUACACUGAAGACUAUUCCAUUUCCUGGAGGACAGAAGAAUGGUACCACACUUCAAUACUGGGGUGGAUCCGCUUGCCAUAAGCAGGAUAUCAGUGACUCUUUCUGGCUCAUUUUUAUCUUCACGGUGGUGAUCAUUGGUGUUACAGGCUGGGCUAUCGGAAUGAUAUUCAGUAUCGGGGAGGAGAAGCUCCCAGGUGUCAUUGGUGCAGGUGUAUCCGGCAAGACGAAAUAA